AUGGCUUCACUGCAGGCAAAGGCCGACGCGGCCAAGACAGCUCUGGCUUCAACAUCGACAUGCACGACUGCGACCGUCGUGACUCUUAAGGAACUACUGCUACCCGACGUCGAGACUUCAUACACAGCAUCACAAACAAAUUCACGGGCGACUUCUAAGGCAACGGCAAACUCAAAGACAAAACGAACCGCGGGCGGCAAAACUCAGAUGGUAAAGUCUACCAGCGAACAGCUUUCAUCGAAAGACCGUGCAGCUCUGGCAACACAUGUAAUCAACUUUUGCAUCAAGUCCCUAAACGAAGCUGCGAAACCUACAACUCCCGCCACUCCGAGUAAGCAACAAGCAUCUCAGGGUGACUCCAAGAAAACCUCUGGUCCUCGAACGUUGCGGAGAUCCCUAUCCGCGCCGUUAUCACCGCUACAGCCACGAACUUUGAAUCGCGUAGCUACCUCACCCAACAUUGCCGCAAAAGCAGCAACACAAGCAGCAACACAAUCUACAGGAUGUCUUGCCGCUGUCGAAUGCGCGCGCGUGGCUUUCACUUGUCUGCGAUCAAUCAUGGGCCCAAUGCAGGCGGCACAAACAGAUUUCCAACUCGAAAAUGGAAUGUCGGCAUUCAUUGGUAAACUUCUGGCGCUUGGGUUCCAAGAUCAGGCGCUAAAGGAGCUGAGGAUUUUAAAGCGACGGCUCGAUGCUGGAGUUAACAAGUCAACAAAACCGAACUCUACCGAAGGGCAGACAGCUGCUCAAGUCAUUUUGGAAUUGCUCGACUAUGGUGAUAAAAUUCCCGAGAGUUUGCUACCGAUUGUUACAGGUUGUCAAAUUCAAGUACUACGAUGGAUUGCGCAUUCCAAGAAACCAGCUCAUAUCGAGGCUGUAUUACCACUUCUCGAGGAAUCUCAUGUAUCUUCCCCUAUCAACCUCUUGGCGAGAUCGGGAGCCAGAAGCGCAAAGGAAACCCAAAAGGCAGCCCGACAACUAGCCUCGCUAUCCCAGACGCUUCUUUCACUAGCACCCAGUGUCUCCAGCAAGGAAGAUUCAGUUGCGACAGAGUUGAGACUAAGUCCGUCUCCAACUUCAGCUUUCAAGCUGCAAGUUCUCUGUUUCAAGAUUCAGCUUAGAUGGUGGAAAAUGGCUGGUCAUCGCGGAAACGUUGACGACGAUAUUCUCUCGCCAUUUUCUCGAUGCGUUCGCGCGUAUACUCGACGACAACCACCCACGAAUGGACUAACAUACGAUUUGAUUGCUACAUCCUUCCACGAGCUCACGGAUCUAGUUGGGUCACAAAAGUCCCAAGCCAAGGCUUCAUUCGACUCUCCCCUAACCUCGAUUUACCAACUGCUUGGUGUUGCAGCUCAAACGGACCGCCAAUACGAUGCAGCAUGCCACUGGUUCCAGAAAUUGAAGGAUAUACUAGAACCUGAUGAGGAAUCGGCUAUUCGCAUGUUUUCCAUUUCAGCCCGCCUCCUCGCUGCGCUUUUGAAACAAUCCAAGCAUGAUAACAAGACGCAACGGCUUGUUCAAGAAGUUACAGAGAGCCUCGAAGGGAGUUUGAGUGGAAAUGUCACCGAUCUUAAUGAACUGCUAGAGAGUCUUUCACUUGCUCGACGGUCAGCCGUUGGGCUCCUUGUGAGCAACUCGAAUGGUUCAAAAGUAAAGGAUGACACACUGGAAUUGAUCAUGGAACAUCUGAAGACUUUCAUCACGAAAUUUCCACGGUUCGGCCGCCGUUGGCUAGGCGCUCCCCCCUGUAGGGAUGCUUCAGCCAAAUCCCUCCUCCAAUUCGACCAACGACGAGAAGUGUUGAUGCAGUCGAUCAAUCAGAUUAUCGAUGGCGCGUUAGUGGUCAUAAACGGCGAUAUCCAAUCGGACUCUAUCACUUGGAAGCAGAUGGACGAGGUCCUCUGGGACUGCAACAAACUGGUUGAUGCUGUUCUCGAUCCCACGAUUUCAAGAGCACGAACGGAGCAGCUCAGUGGCUAUUUUGCGAAAAUAUCCAGUCUGUAUUUUGCCAGGUAUAAUCAAAUACGCAAGGACCUCGGCAAGUCCAAACAAAUCAAUAAGGAGAUUCUUCAGUGUUUGAGUCGAUCCAUUGAGAUUAUUCAAGAUCGACCCAUGGCCCAACAGGAGAAGGCUCAUAUGUCAACAAAGCUGGAGUUGUUUGCCGAUCUCUGCAAGGCUGCCAACCGAAGCGAAGAUGCAAUCAGAACACUCCGAUCAAUCUGCACCAACAUGAUUGAGGAGGGCGCCUUAGUCAAGGUUACUGAAGCGCUUGAUUCUCAACCUCCGAGCAUUGCUUGGAGUGCUGAUGAUAAGGCAGAGAUAUUGUCCCGAACACUACGCUCAAUUGCUAAGCUUGAUCACUCAUGGAACGACUGGGCAUUCUUUCUGCCGGAGGGUGAGCGAGCUGCAGUACUCGAACACUUGAUGCAAAUCGUGGGAGACACAGCAUCUAGGGGAGAACCACUCAAACUACACGAUCCAUCAGUCCAGGCUCUUCUCCGAAUCUACACGCCAGAGCGCUUCCCAAUUCGGCGCCUUCGAGUUCUGCUCCAGCUGCUCUUCCAAAUCAUUGGCGAAGAGAACGAGAUGGAGCAAAUUUCCAGCUUGGCUGAAGAACCAAUCCAACAACUGGACAGCAAAGACUAUGGUGAUGACGGUUCUCUACUUCGUUAUAUUCCACAUCUCAGGGCACUGCAGAAGUCAAUGUCUGCAUUGGCUGUCACUAGCGCUCCUCUUCCGGUGUCUGCCCUGAGAGAAGCUGUUGUCACUUGGAAAUCGAUGACUGAAUCGUGCAAAUCCAGAAACGAUCUUUGUGAACGAAUUGACAAUCCCGAUGGCCUUCUAACACACCUACAAUCUGCCAGCCAUUUCGCCAGCCUUCGGGGUGAGAACAGUCUGCAGCUUGAGAUCUUAGAACUGUUAACACCUCUAUCCAAGAUUCUAGCCGAACCGACCUAUAACAACGUGAUCCUUAAUCAUACACUUCUUGCAUCACAACAUCUAAACAUUGGUCACUUCUCUGAAGCAAAACAAACACUUGAUGAGACGAAGAAGCUUUUGGAUGAAGCCGACGGUGCCUCUCGUGGCCUAAUUGCUGGGUUUCAUUUGACACAAGCCGAGUAUUACUCUGGUAUUGGUAGCAUCGAUGAAGCAAAUUCAUCGUUGGCGGCUGCAAAGACCAUUUACAAUGGAUCUACUUCAUCGUGGGCAUUGUCAAAAUCACAAGUCAACAUGUCUCUCGCCCUCAGCUCGUUCCUAGACUCGGUUCUCGCAUUGAAGCGUGGUCGAAUUCAAGACGCACUUACCUGUGUUAAAUCAAGUGUUCGAAUUCUUUCGCAUGAUUGGUCCAAGAUCGAAGCGACAGCAUCCCGAGCAACCAGCACAAGCGUUAUGAACAUCUCAACAACCAGUCUUGAUAGUGUCAAGGCUGACGCCAAGCUUGGCCAGGUGAUUGGUCCUCGGUUCUGGGCACUUGCUUUCCCUCUUUUGCGAGGUCUCCUGCAUGUUUCUUCUGUCUAUGCCCAUCUUGGCAUGUACCAGGAGACCAUUUAUUACGCAGAGUCAGCCCAAAAGAUUGCUGAAAGCACAGGCUCACCGCUCUAUCGGGCACAGGUUCUCGCUUGGACAGGUUCUGUCUACCACCGAGCUGGAAAGCUAACCAAGGCACUCGAUUUCGGCAAUGAGGCGUUCGAAGAGUUGCCGAAAGAUAUCUCAGCUUCUCGAGUACAGGUUGCUUGCCAACUUGGCGGCUUGUUUCGCGAUAGCGGCGACGAAGACAAGGCUCGUGACCUACUUCAGCUUGCCGAGGAGACUGCUCAACGCCUUGGAGAUCAUGGAAGGGUGCUAAGCAUCCAGAACGAGGCGAAGAAAACCGCUCCGGUUGCUGCUAAAGCGCGAGCAACAGCUGCUACACGUGCUACUCGAACUGCCACCAGGACGACAAGGGCCAAGACUACUGUAAAUCCUACACCACGAACCCGAAAGCGAGAGGUCACUGUCAAGGCUCAGCCUUCUGCUGCAGAGGUGCUAAAGCUACCAAAAGAUGUAUACCAGGCAUCUCUCAUGGCGUCGGUCAUCCUAUCGCGGGCUUUAGGUUUCAUCAGUCAGAAGGAUUGGGCUUCUGCUUUGUCAACUUUGGAAGAUGCCAGAGAGUUGCCAAAACUCUUCGGAGCUCUGUCUCAGGAACAAGUUGUGACUGCGAUCUCUCUUAUCGGCCAUAGCACAGAGCAGAUGAUUCACGACCCUGUAUUCUCCGUCAUCCAAGACUCGACCAUUUCGUUCCCUGCCAUUGCUACUUCUGACAAGACCAAGGCUACGCAGAGCCAGACGCCUCCUCGUAAAGGACGCCCAGGAGCCACUGAACGAAAGAACUCCAAGGAGGCCAGUGUUCCUGCAUUCGCUGAAGCAUUGAGACAAGCACAAGAACUCCUUCUCGAAGCUCAUGCUUCAACCCUGUCGACAGCUAACAGCACCAUGGUUCAUCGCAUUUCGGCUUUACUACAGAACACAGUCAUUCUUCUCUCGGCUACCUCUACGACACAAUCUAGAGUCCUUGCUGGUUCGGGGUUUGCAACUUUCUCUGUAGACUUGGCUCGUAACGUCACUUGGAAGCGCGAGCAAAGCACUCUUCAAAACAAAGAGACCGCUGAACCAGGUGACAUCGACUCUACUCAUAACUCAAGACGGUCUAGUCUUGAGCUCACAACAGAGAUGGCCCAGUUCCAAAAUAACUAUAUCGACAUGGUACCUCACAACUGGAGUGUGGUUUCCGUCUCUCUCAGCGACAACCACCAUGAUCUGUGUAUCACUAAAUUCCGGGCUGGUCACAGUCCUUUUAUUCUCCGACUACCUCUAGAGCGUGCCAAUUCUCGAGAUGCUGACUCGGAUAUCUUCAACUUCGAGAACGGGAAGGACGAGAUGAUGGAGAUUAUUCGGCUCGCUAACGAGACGAGCCAUUCUGCCAGUCGAGACUUCAGUGUCAAGGGUGCGAAAGCCGCUUGGUGGGCCGAACGAGAGGCUUUGGAUGAUCGGCUUAGGGAUCUUCUGAGCACUAUCGAGACAACUUGGUUAGGUGGUUUCAAGGGUAUCUUUUCUCAGCACGAACGUCGAUCGGACCUCCUUGCACGUUUCCAGAAGAGCUUUCAACAGAUACUCGACAGUAAUCUGCCCUCUCGAAAGCAAGGGCGGGGCAAGAAAUCGGCAAAGACAUCCAAGGUGGCCCUUGACCCACGAGUUCUUGACCUUUUCAUCGGUUUGGGUGAUCCCAGUGAUCCAGACAGUGAUUACGACGAGGCUCUCAAUGACCUGCUCUAUUUUGUCGUUGACAUUCUUCAAUUCCACGGAGAACGCAACGCUUAUGACGAAAUUGACUUUGACGCUAUGGUGGUCGAGACUUAUGAUGCCCUGCGCGGCUACUACAACGCGGCUAAGACGGGAUCUGACCGAGCAGAAGGGGCUCACACUGUUUUGGUUCUUGACAAGGCCCUCCAUGCUUUCCCCUGGGAGUCGAUGCCUUGUAUGGAAGGACUUGCAAUUUCGCGAGUACCUUCGUUGGCUUGCCUGAGGCAACUUAUUACGGAAUCGCAACCAUCAGCAAGCGAUAAUAAUUCUGAAGACGCACCAGAGGGCCACUACGUGUCUGCCGAGCAAGGCACUUACAUCCUGAAUCCCUCGAAAGACCUGGUCAACACACAGUCUACCUUCCAGCCGAUUAUGAAAGGCCUCAGCAGCUGGACAGGCAUUGUUAACCGUGCUCCUGAAGAAGCCGAGUUUGAAGAAGCUUUGUCAAACUCUGAGGUUCUCCUCUACUUUGGACACGGAAGCGGUGCGCAGUAUAUUCGAGCACGCACGAUUCGUCGUCUAGAGAAAUGCAAACCAGCCACUUUCUUGAUGGGUUGCAGCUCGGCGUCGCUAACGGAAGCCGGAGAGUUUGAGUCCUACGGCCCUGUGUGGAACUACAUGAUGGCUGGAUGUCCAGCUGUGGUGGGUACACUAUGGGACGUGACGGAUAGGGACAUUGAUCGGUUCGCGGGCCGAUCGUUUGAGGAAUGGGGACUGUUCCCCAAGGGCACGUUCAAGGAGAAUAAGCGAGUCAAGGGUAAGAGUCGGGCCUCGAGCGAGGACGAGAGUGAGUCGGAGGAAGACGGUCAAGUAAUGAACAACGUGUCACUGGCCGAGGCGGUUGCGCGGUCCAGGGAGGCGUGCAAAUUCCGGUAUCUCAACGCCGCGGCGGUGGUACUGUAUGGCAUCCCGGUGUACAUCAAGCACAGAGGGGAAGAUUGA